GUGAAUUUGUACCAUGGACAAGAUAAAGCGCGAUGUGCUCAUUACCAAUCGGGUUGGCCUUGUUGAUAGUAUCAAUGUGAAUGAUGGUCUAUAUACUCAGCUAUUAGCAAAGAGAGUACUAAGUCAAAGACAAGUUAAUCGUAUAAAGGGAAAUGGUCGACCGGAGGAAGAACAAGUGGAAGAGCUGCUCAAUGAACUGUCCAAGAAAGAAUGCUUUGAAUUAUUUUGUGAAGCAUUGAUAGCUGACAACCAAGAGCAUAUAGUUAAAAAAUAUCUUCAGCUCCCUGCUGCCAAAGAGACUGUGGCCUCUGAAGCAUCUGUAGCACCUCCUCCAGCAUGUACCAAUGCGGGAAAUCCUGUAUGCCAACCAGCACAGGUGCAGUCAUUAGGAGCAACAGAAGCGUCAUCCCCUCUAAAGAGAACAUGUCCAUCCUCGUCAUCGUCUACUGUUUUAUUGAUAAAAGAGAAUGACAAUAAUCUUUAUAUUAGAUAUGCAGAUGAAACACCUGAGAAACACCCCAGAUUGACUGAACAAGCAGUUGCCUUUCAACCAGAUGAAACCAGAUAUAUGAUGAAACAUUUUGUUGCAGAAGAUACUGAGCAGGAUGGCGAGUUGGAUAACAGGAUAAUGGUUCCGAAUGUUGCGUCUCGUUCAAUUUUAAUGAGCAAUCCUCAGUCAUUGGACAACCCCAAUAUUCAAGAUAAAUCUAGAUACGCUACAGCUUUUGGAAAAGAGGGAGAUUUUAUAAGGCUGUCAUCAUUUGGAACUAGUUCCAAAUUCAUCAAACUGUCCCCUUCUCUUCCAUCAUUUGACCUAACAGUCUUGGCAGCUCAAAAAGCUUUACAUUCCGUCCCUAGAAAACCUUUUACAGCUCCAGAGACUGAAUCAUCUAGAUUUCAAGGUGAUGCUGUCGACACAAUGGCACUUAAAACUGCUACAUGGAUAACAAACCAGAAUCAAAACUACAUGCCUGAUAACUCAAUUAAUGAUACAAUUAAAAAAUGGGACUCCCUGGCAACAAAUAUGCAAUCCUCCAAAUCGUAUAGACAUGUUGAAAUAUUGCCUGAUAUAGGAAUAGGGGAUAUGGAAGAAAUAGACCUUCCAGAUGGAUGUGUCAAUGUUAAAGUUGAACACACUAGCAAGGAAUUUUUUCUAAACAAUUUCAAGAAGGCUUAUCCCUUGCGUCAGAUUCCCAGGGGUUAUGCUCUCAUUAUAAAUGUUGACGAGGUGGUUGGAAAGCCUCCCAGGAAAGGAACGAAUUUUGAUAGGGAUAAUCUAUGUAACCUUCUUACCCAGUUGCACUUCAACAUUAUAGUAUUUAAUGACAGUGAUGGUCUCUCAGCUCAGGAUAUUGUCAACAAGCUGAAAGCAUUUGCCAGAAUGAAAGAACAUGAAGAUCUUGACGCUUGUUUUAUUUGCCUGUUGAGCCAUGGGGAGGAGGGGUACAUCUUUGGGACUGAUGGGAAACGUAUUCCCCUUGAGGAGAUUUUCAUGCUGUUCGGGAACACAAACUGUAAGGGACUCAUUGGGAAGCCAAAAAUUUUUAUCAUUCAGGCAUGCAGAGGGGGAUUUCUGGACAAGGGCGUCCAGAUGGACGAACCUGAUGGUGGCGGUGUGCCAGUUCGUUCUGGCUGUCAGUUGCCUUCUAUGUCAGACAUGCUCAUCUGUUACCCCACACAGACAGGUUAUUACGCAUGGAGAAACAGGGCCAGAGGAUCCUGGUACAUUGAGGCCAUAGUCCAAGUCUUCAUGCGCUACGCUAAAAAUGAAGAUAUAUGCGCCAUGCUAAAUAGGGUGAACCAUGUAGUGAGCCGCAAGGUGUCUGAGUGUAACCUGAAGGAGAUGAACAGCAUGUCCCAGAUGUCGGAGUACAAGAGCACCCUCAGGCAGCCACAUCUCUUCCUGUUUCCCGGCAUAGGCAUGUCCAGCCAGGGGAUGUAG